AUGGCUCUACCAGAUCAUUAUCCUUUUUUAACACGAAAAGAGUUUGACAUUGCUGCUAAAUUAUUUAUUGAACAAUCGAAGAGGUCAAGUGAUGAAGAACCUUGGAGCUGGGUUGAGCAUGAGAAAGUAAAAGGUUUCGGUUAUAUUUGUCGAAAGUCAUUGGUAAAACGUGUAAAUCCAGUGAAUUUCAUUAUCCCAGAAAAUGAUUUCACACAAAUUGAUGAUGAAAUAAUAGAAGAAGAAGAUUUAAAUUCUCUACCAACUGUACCAGUAUCGGAUGAAUACUUCACGGUUGAUUAUCAUAUCGUCUAUUCAACAUCUUAUAAAGUUCCUGUACUUUAUUUUAAUGCUUACAAUAGUGCAAAACCUGUUGUUGCUCCAUAUGGAGUAAAACCUGAGUUGUUCCAUAUGGAAAUUCUUUCUCAAAAGAUCCUUUAUAUUUUAGACGGGACAUUAUUAACAAAUGAUGAGAUUUACUCAAAUUUAGUCCAUCCUUUAAAACAAAAUGAUAUAAAAACUGCUGGAUUUAAUGGUGCAAUAUCACAACAGGAUCAUCCGACUCUUUUAAUUCCAUUUUAUUAUCUUCACCCUUGUGAAACUGCUACAUUAAUGACAUCAAUAGUAAGUAAUUCGAAAAUGGACAAUAAUAAACUACAAGCAAUACCUUUAGAAGGAUAUAUUAGAAGUUGGUUAAGUUUGGUUGGUUCUGUUGUUGGAAUUAAAGUUGUUAUAGAUUAUUUUAUUUAA